UUUUUGGGAAGAGAAAGAAGAGGAAAAUUUGGUUCUUUAAAUUUUUUAGAAAAGAAACAUGUGGGAAUUUUGGUGGUUUUGAUAUGUGGGAAAAGAAAGAAGUGGGAAAGUUUGAUUCUUUUGAUUAUGAAAGAGAAAUAAGGAGGGAAACUUUUGACUUUUCAACUUUUUGUAGAAGGAAAGAAGAGUGUAAUUUGGUUCUUUCAAUUUUAUGGAAGAGAAAGAGGAGGAAAAAUUGAGUUUUUCUAAUGUAUGGAAGGAGAAAGAAGGAGGGAAAUUUUAGUAUUUUUGUGAAAAGAAAGAAGGAAACAAAUUUGGUCUUUUUCAAUUUUUUGGUUUUUCAUAAUUUUAGCUUUUGAAAUAUGAAUCUUUAACUUUUAUAUGGAGGGCAUGACUAGUUAAAAUUAUUCUUAUAUGCUUGAAGGCUAAUAUGUAUAUAUGUAUGUAAUUUUUUAUGGGCUAAUAAAUAAAUUAACCAUUAGUUACAACAAUUUAUACUAAACUUGAUAAGUAAUCUUUGACAGUUAGGAUAUAAAGUAUAUGGUUAGGGUAUAAGGUAUAAGGUACAUAUGGUUUAUGGUGUAUAUGGUUAGGGUAUAAGAUAUUGAUGGUUUGGACGGUUCUAAGUUUUUUAUUAACAUAUGUUCACUUGAAGUCAUUUGAAGUCUUUAACGGCAGGAGAUCCCUUUUUAAUUUAUGUUUAUGGUACGUGGUUAGGGUACAAGGUAUGUGGUAUAAAGUAUAUGAUAUAUGGUUAGGGUAUAACUAUUAGCAAAUAUCACUUUUUAUCUAUGUUUUGAAAAUCAAAGUAUGAAUUUCACUUUUAAAUUAACUAUACUAGCAAAAUUACAACUCAAGGACAUAUGAUUAGGGUAUAGGUUAUGUGGUUAGUGUAUAAUGUAUUGAUGGUUUAGGGUAUACAAUCAACAACAUAUACUAAUUUAAUAUUGUUGAUUGAGGGUAAAGCUAAGUGUAUAGGAUAUAUGCUAUUGAGUAAGUUAUGAUUGAAGUCACAAUAAUUUUACUAAAUUUGAAAGCUAAUCUUUAACGGUCAAUUUUAGGAUAAUUCGAACAAUUUUACAAAUAACUCGUUUGGCAACAGUUUACUAAAGUUAUUUGGUCAAUGAGUUAUUUUGAAAUAACUCCUUUUAUCACUAUGCUUUUGUCAAAUACCACAUGCCAAAUGCAAGAUUUGCAUGGUUAUACUAAACGAGAUACUUUAAUCCAAUUACUACUGAAUUAAUAUUAAAAUAUCAAAUAAACAAUUAACGAUGUCUUUUGGUUGCAAAUAUUGAUAUCACCAUUACUAUUAGCUAUAAUACUUUACCAAUUAUUAUUAAUUACAUAACAAGUUUGCAAGUCAUACAAAUUGAUUUAACAUUUUGACUAGUUUUUUUCAAAAAAAUAAAGUAUAUAUAUACGAGGUAGAAAUAAAUUGGUUAAAAAGUUGAGAAAAUAUUUUAAAUUAGUGUAAUAAAAUGUGUAAGUUGGUAAUGAGUAAUGAGUUAAGUUACUUGAUGCGCUGGCCCAAACAACCCGAAACCCGACCCGCCCGCAACCCGCCCGACCCAAAACCCGAUGAACCCGCAACCCGAUUGAAUCCGAACCCGAUGAACCCGCAACCCGACUAACCCGCAACCCGUUUGAACCCGAACCCGAUGAACCCGAACCCGAUGAACCCGAACCCGACUAACCCGCAACCGACUAACCCGCAACCCGUUUGAACCCGAACCCGAUUGAACCCAGCCCGAACCCGCCCGAUUGACACUUAUAAUCAUAACUCCUGGAGGCCUUGCUGGAACAUUUGGAGUGCAGUUUGAUUCCUUAAGCACCCAUAUAUGAAAUCAACAGUUUGGCAAUCCCCUUUAGCUCGACCCUAAAGAAGCUUUAAAUCAAUCCAUUGGAAUUGAUGUUUCUUUUAUGGAACCAACUAUACUAUGUGGAUUCGUUGAAUCGUAAUGGAUCUCAAGAUGGGUACAAGUUGGGUUUCAUAGAUGGUAGUAUAACCAUGCCGUUAGUUAAUGAUCAUAAAUAUUUACUAUGGGAUGGUUGUAAUACCAGUGUUUUGUCUUGUAAUCUCAAUUACUUACAGAAGGAUUUAAGGGGAUUCGUUAUUAAUCAUAUCAAUGCGAAGGUCUUAUGAGCAAUCCAUUCAUUAGCUAGCUUUACAGCCUAAAAGUCUACGUUUUUACGCUUUGGAUCCUCCUAAUAUUGUAGCUUUUGUUCAAAAAGCUUUUUGCACCAAAAGCCAAAGCAAAAGCCUUCAAGCCUAAUAAAAGCCUAGAAGCUAGCUUUUAAAUCGCUUUUUUAGACUUUUGAUAUCCAAGUGUCAGGACAAUGUUGUAGGGGAGUGAAAUGGUACAGUUAGAAUCGGACCGGACAAAUAUCAAUCAACAUUGCAUUUGAUCCAGUAUGAUCUGAUUUGGUAUGAUCCAAAUAUCAAUCAAGCGUAUUUCCCUUCAUAUUUAUAAAUUUCAUAGGAUCAUAGACUAGACCACAUUAUAUUCAGAUGGUUUGGUGGGUGUGGUCUUCUUUUAAACAAACCGUUGCACACACUAUCAUAUUGGGUCUGGUUUGAUUUAGUUUUGCUGGCUAAAAUAGAAGGAACGACACAGUUUUAUUGGUUUUUAGUUGGCUUAUCCUUUCAGUCUUCCCUUCUAUGAAUUCCUAAUUCAUAAUCAAUUACCACUUAUCCUUCGCUCUCUUCUUUUCUCUGCUCCAAAAUCAGCACACGCCGCAUCCAUAUUACUACUGCCACCAUCCUUUCCUAUCCAUGCAACUCCAACCCACCCCAAUGACUACACUAUCAUAAAAUCUAGUCUUCUUCAGCCUCCCAUUUUCCUCCACCUUCACAUAUUAGUGAAGAUUUCCUACACCCCUUGUACCUUCAUCGUUUGCCAAUGGUUUCCACUUCCCAUAUCCCCCCCCCCCCCUUGAAAACACGAGGAAGGUGAGGAAUGCUUAUUUAUAAUUAUAUUAAUUAACUUUAAACGUAUGAGAGUGAUCUUUAAUACAUGAUCUAGUUUAAUUAUUUGUUUAUAUUUUUCAAGAUAAAAUUUAUGAUCAUAAUAUUUCUAUCAAAUUUAUAAAAAGGUUUAAAAGGUUAUACUUUUACACUUUGCUUUUGCACUUCCGUUUUUACCCAUCAUUCCGCUUUUACAUAGAAGUUAGACAUAGACUGCAUUACUUAUGAGAUGAACUGGAAAAUACAUAUGGAAAGUCAAAUGCUAUAAGGAUAACAAAUCUAGACGAUGAGAUUCACAAGUGUAAGUAGGGUUCACAAAUCAUUAAGCAGUAUUACACACAUAUAAAAGCUUGGGGGGGGGGGGGAUUUCUUCAAUUGAGUACAGUUGUGUCCUCACAUGCAAUUGUGCACCUGGUAAUCCUUGUGAUGUAGUGGUGGUAUACACUAAGAGAUAUGAAACUGACUACUUGAUAUGUUUCUUGAGCGGACUCAUAUCACAUUAUGAGAUAUUCAGGAGUAAAAUAUUGUCUUAGAAUACACUUUUUAUUGUAUUCAAAGUCAUGGAUAACUUACUCUAAUUAAAAAGUGAUGCAAAUGGAUAGAAGACAAAGUGUGGCUCUGGUUGUCAGUACUGGAUAAGAGACUAAUCAAAGAUCUCAAGGAAGGAAAUUAUGCAUCUACUGAGACCUGACCAUAUUGUGGAGAAUGUUGGAGGGCAAAGAGAAAGAUUUCCUUAAAUUGAAAGUAGUUCUAGUUGCUCACAAACUAGCACUCCCAUGUUUACAGGCUUAGUAUCAUAAUCCUUUAUAGGGGAAAACCAUCAGACGUAAGUUUCUCUUUUGAAACUCUGGAGGAAGUCAUGCAAGUGCGUCAAAGACAAUGGUUGGUUUUCCACCUGAAGACAUCUAAAAAUUAAGGCAGAUGAUGCACUUUGGUGCUAACAUGUUCCUUCACCACCAACAAAUCAAUCCAGAGCACACACUUCACACUCUAUGUCCCAGUUUCUUCCACCAUUUCCAAACUAUUUAUGUACGUACAUUCUGUCAUCCUUCACAAAACAAACCAAUUCAGCUACCUUUUGGAUCUUAGAUAUUGGACCCUCAGAUCACAUUACACAUUCUUUACCUUGUUUUUUUAACAUAACGAGGUCCAUAAUACAUUUGUCCAUUUAACUCAUGCAUCUAAGGUCUUAGUAACUCAUAUAAGUACCAUUAAACUAUCUUCAAGUCUUUAUAUGUACAAUGUCCUUCUAGUUCUAGGGUUUUCAUUCAAGCUACCUUUUGUUAGCAAAAUCACACUUGAUUUCCCAUUAGCAUUAAAAUUUCAUUCUGAUUUAUGUCAAAUCCAGAACCUACAAACCAUGAGGAUGUUUGGUCUAGCAAGAUAAUUAGAGCUCUUUAAAGCUCACUUUCACCUCACCUCAAAGUUAGCAAUCCAUAUCUCAUCAAGCAUCAAGCACUUUCAAUUUUAGCCUUCAUAAAAUAUUUCUAUGACAUUGGAUACUAUGAGAUCCUAGUAGAGAGAAAUUUUCAUAAAACAGUUUCUAAGUUUGAAUCUGGAUAAUGUAUAUUUUUUAUCCAAACCCUUUUUAGAUUCUUUUAUAUUAUCCAAACCUAUUAAAUUGCUAUUAAUUAGCCAAAUCUUUCGUAAUGUAUCAAGAUAUUAGCCAUUUUUACGUUAUCAUUAAUAAUUUUGCAACUCUUUUCUUAGUUAAAAUACUAAAAUUUUGGAAUGUUGACCUUAAUGUGUCUCUUUCAAGUCGGUAUCAUGUUGCCAAGUCAAUAUUACUAACAAAAUUGCUAACUAAAAGUUUAUAUUUGGCUAAUUCUUAAUAUUUCGAUAAGUUUGGCUAAUAAAUAAAAUCCGAAAAAGGCAUGGAUAAUAAAUAGACAUUACCAUUUGAAUAUUGUGAAAGUUGUUAUUUCUCUAAACACAAAAGCCUAUCUUUCUUUGUUAGCACCAAUGUUGCAGAUUACUUAUUCCAAAUGAUCCAUGUAGACAUUUGGGGACAUUUAUAUGUUCGAUAUUGUGAUGGAUUGUUUUAUUCUCUUUUGAUUGUUGAGGAUGACCAUUCAAAAACAAUCUAGGUGCUCCUAAUGCAACAUAAAAGUGAGACAAGAGAAUUGUAAGGGAAUUCUACAAUCUCAUACAGAAUCAAUUUAAUAAAAUAUCAAAAUAAUAAGAAGUGAUCAAUGUUCAAAAUUCAUUUUUUUGAAAGUAAAAUUCACAUAACUCUAUUUUCAUCUUUUAAUGAUGAAGAGUUGUAUUUUAAAUCGUUGAAACUUUUGCAAUCCAUACCAAACACCUCAUAAACUAUGGUUGGUGAAGUUAUGGAACCCGCUGAUCGUAUUGAUGGCAUUUUGUGAAAUUAGUGGUUAGUGGAUUUAUGUUAAAAAGAAUACAUAUGUAACUGUUAUUUGAUUUGGAAAAUCAAAAUUUGUGGGUGAAUAUUAUGUAAAUAUCAAUUGCCACAAUUUCUACCAAGAAACAUCACUCUAUAAUUAAGACGAUAUAAAUAAAUAAGUGCUUACCUAUUUGGAUCACACCUAUCUCGAUCUCAAUUAAAUAAUUAUUUGUCCCCUUAUAUCUCAAUCUAGUUAUUUCUCAAAUCUUUCAGCUACCUCUAAUUUAGCGAAAGAUACAUUAUUUCUAAUUAAUAAUAAUUUUGUAUUUUAUCGAUAUUUGAAAAAUCAUAUUUACUAUAUAGUAUAUCAAAUGUUGUGUUGUAUAUCAACAUAUAAAAAGAACGAUGUAAAAGUGUUAAAAUGAUUACAACAAAGACUUAAAGCUAUAAUAAAAUUGGUAGUAGUGAUGGCAAUUUAACUAGUUUCGUCGGGUAUUACCCGAUCAGAUCCGAGUUGGGGCACCCAGUAGCGUGCGGUGACGUAUGUGUAUGGUUGGUAAUCGGUCGGUAUCCAGUAUACCAGAUACCGAGGGGAUAUACCGCCAAUUGAAAUUCUGCCACCUAAUACCGAUACCGAAAGCUAUCUGGUAUACCAGAUACCAGAUAGUUGAUUACCGGUAUUUUAACCAGUAUACCGGAUAUCGAAAAGAUCGUUUUCUUCCAAAACUGCAGUCAUUGAAUUGUGAGUUCUAAAUUUGCUGGAAAAAAACCUUUCGGAUUAUAAUAUUUUUUAAUAUGUAGAGAAAUGUUCAAAGAUGGAAUAUAUAGAGCUUGUAUGCUCUCUCUAAACUUGUGAAGUUUUGAUGGUGAUGAUGCAUUCUCAUUGGAUGCGAGGUCUGGUCCUUUUUUAUUCUUUUCAUUUGUACAUGGUUUGGUUGUUAGCAUGCAAUCCAACGACAAUCCGGUAUACAAUUAUGUAAGGUUUGUCCUGCUCUUUCUUAACUCGUUUUACCUUGAUUUAUCUCAAUAUUUAAUUAUAUUUCUAUUAUUUUACUCAUCAUAAAAUCAAAAUUUCAAACAUUAAUACUUUAGAUCAAGGUUGUCAACUUGGUUUAGCCUAUUAGCGCAGUCAAGCUAUUGAGUCAAUGGUUAAUGGGUCGAUUGGUUUAGCCCAUUUAAUCCAAAUAUAUAUAUAAAAAUUAAUUAUAUUGUAUAUAUAUAAAUUAUAUUAAAUCUUAUCUAACUUAUAAAUCAUAACAUAUAAUAUUACACUAAUAGUUCGUAAUUGAACUCAAAGCAUUCAACGUGUAAUCGCUGAUACUAUAACCCACAAGAAAGGCCUAAUUUAUGCGCUAUUCACGUGUAUUUCUUAUUAUUGGCCUUUACAUGCCUCCCAAACAUCUUGCUGCCUUUUUUUUCUUCUUUGGAAUCCGCAAGAUGGUUGACCUCUCUUCUUUCUUUCUCCCACACACAUAUCUCUCGUGAUAAGGAGAUUAUGUAAAACUUAGUGAAUGUUAUAAGUUUAUAUAUAUAUUAAUUAAUAAUUAACGCUAUAUGCCAUCCAUCCCUUUUAGGUACUAGAGGACCCAUUACACUAGCUAGCACAACCAGCAAUGCUUGUUAUUAAAAUAACCCAUUGGUCGAAGUAGUGAUUGUCAUAACUGAGCAGCCUAUUAGUACGAUAUUGUUCACUUUGGGCAAAGCCAGCACGGAUUUAGCUUUGGGUAUGCUCCCAAAAGGCCUCGUACUAAUGAAUUUGGUGGAAACUAAUAUACAAGGGCUCCUUCCCUUAUAUUUCUGAUGUGGUACUUGGAUUGUCUCAUAACAAUCCUCCUCUCAAGCCAAGGACCCGGAACUUCGUGUACUCUCCUCAACGAUUAUCUUGAUCCGCUGAACACCUUGUAUCGAUGGGCUUCUCGAUACAAGAAUUUUUCCAGAUGCGAAGCUCUCUUUUGAUCCGCCAAACAAACGUGGAUCUCUCCUAGAUUCACCAAACAUAGGCGGACCAACCUUGAUUCUCCAAACCAGAUGUAGCCCAAACAUGAAAUCUCUCGUGGAUCCACCAAACCGACAUGGAUCUCUCAUGGAUCCACCAAACCAGACGCAGAUCUCAAAUCUUGAGAUCCACCGGAUGAGGGUCCCACCAAACUGACGUCCACCGCCCCAAACCGAACCAGGCUCUGAUACCACUUGUCAUAACUGGGGUGCUCAAUUAGUACGAUAUUGUCCGCUUUGGGGCAAGCCCGCACGAUUUUACUCUUGGGUGUCCUCCUUAAUAGGCCUCGUACUAAUGAGCUUGGUGGACACUAAUAUACAAGGGUCCCUUCCCUUGUAUUUCUGAUGUGGUACUUGGAUUGUCCCAUAACAAUCCUCCCCUCAAGAUAAGGACCACGAACUUCGUGUUCUCACCUCGACGAUUAUCUUGAUCUGCCAGACACCAAAGCCCAAACAAGGAUCUCUCCUUGAUCCACAAAACAUACGCGAAUCACCUUUGAUCCGCCAGACAAACCCAGAUUUCAAAUCCCGAGUUCACCGAAUGAGGGUCCACCAAACUGACGCCCACCGCCCUGGAUCCGCCAAACCAGUCUCUGAUACCACUUGUCAAAAUUGGGCAACUCUAUUAGUACGAUAUUGUCCGCUUUGGCCAAACCCGCACAGUUUUACUCUUGGAUGUCCUCCCCAAAAGGCCUCAUGCUAAUGAAUUUGGUGGACACUAAUAUACAGGCGGUCCUUCCCUUAUAUUUUCGAUGUUGUACUUGGAUUGUCUCAUAACAAUUCUUGAUCCGCUCGAGGCCUUGUAUCGAUGGGCUUCUCGGUACAAGGACUUUUCCAAACGCGGAACUCUCUUUUGAUCCACCAAAAAAACGUGGAUCUCUCCUAGAUCCACCAGACAGAGAUACAUACCUCACUUGAUCCGCCAAACCAGAUGUUGCCCAAAUGUGGAUCUCUCGUGGAUGCACCAAACCAGACGCAGAUCUCAAAUCCCGAGGUCCACCGAAUGAGGGUCCCACCAAACUGACGUCCACCGCCCCAAAUCGGACCAAGCACUGAUACCACUUUUCAUAACUGGGGUGCUUAAUUAGUACGAUAUUGUCUGCUUUUGGCCAAGCCCACAUGGUUUUACUCUUGGGUGCCUCCCCAAAAGGCCUUGUACUAAUGAGCUUGGUGGACAAUAAUAUACAAGGGUCCAUUCCCUUGUAUUUCUGAUGUGGUACUUGGAUUGUCCCAUAACAGUGAUUAAGUUGUCAUCUACCUUUGUGUUUAUGGUCAGAUCCUUGUGUAGAUGUGUUAAAGAAUGGUAUGGUAUGAGGGAUAUUCCCUCCCUCCAAUCAAAUUGUCAUUGUGGCAUAGUAUUAUUUGAUGAGAUCUAGGAUUAAGUACUAUCCCCCAUACAUAACAAAUCAAUAUGGGCUGAUGUUGGUUUACGAUUUUCAAGUGUAUUAUUAACAUUGUUUCGCAAGGCGAUCUUAAAGAAUGAUAUAAGAUAUGUUUUGUUAUUCAUCAAAUCAACGCAAUAAUUUAUUUUAAUUAACUAUAAUUGUGUAAAAUAAGGAUGAACAACGAAUGAGUUGAAUGAUUGUUACACUAACAUUAACUAGUGUUGGCAGGAGCAACGUUGAAUUUGAAGAUUGAUUGCCGCUGACCGUUGAGAAAUUGAAGGAUUCAGAUAUGGAAGCUUGGCGAGCUCUUUCCUCCUUUUGAUUUCAACGGCUCCUUUUGGUCCUAUAUAUAUUGUCCUCUUUCUCUUGUUUGAUCUCUCAGAAUAAUAGAGGUAUAAGUCUAUUGGAAAGAUUCUGAGGGGCUCAGCAUCAGAGGAAGAUGUUCUGAUUGCUGGAGGUUGUAAUCGGGUCUGGGAUUGGAUCUGGGAAAUAGCUUGUGUCUUGCAUGUAUUUGCUUCUCAUUUUUAUAGGUGAAAAAGAAAUAAAACGAUUCCCUCGGAACUUAGCAGGUGCUAUCUCCGAGACGAGGAAUAACCCGUGAUUGGGGAACCUCAUUAAAAUUCUCUGUGCAUUUUCAUUUCAGUUAUGUUCCUCCUCUCUGCUUUUCAUUCUUGUUCUGUUUUUCAUUCGAUUGUUUUGGGAAGAAGAAGCCACUAAAGGUUAAGGAGAAUUCCUUUUUGGUUGGGCUUAGAAUUGCAAGCCCAACUAACCUAAGUCUUCUUCCUUCUCUUUUGUUCUUGAUUCGGUCCCACUCACUUAAUAGUCCAGCUUAUUGUCCUAUGAAAGAAAGUAGAAGCACAGACUCGUGGUCCUCCUUCUUCCACUUCAAUCAUCUUGCUCCUCUUCCUUUUGCGGCUCGCAUUACUCAGCUCCUGUUGGCCUUGCCUAUCUCCCUCUUCUCAUUUUGCACUGCGUAUCCCACUCUGUGGCUCUCUGCUGAUGACGUACUUGACGAACUGGAGAUUGUGAUUGGGGGAGAGGAGCAUCCUGUCAACAUGAUAUGGAUAUCCGACUCUGAUUCUGAUUCAGACUCUGAUCCUGGUGCCAAUGCUGGCGGCGCAGAGCUGAAGUCCGAAUCUGACUCUGAUUCAUUCUCUGAACCUGGUGACGAUGCUGGUAACGGAGUGUUGGAGCCAUUUGCAGCUGCUCUUCAAGAACUAUAUGGAUCUGAUACUGAUUCUGCAUCCAACAACCGCUCGAUCUCCGACUUUGCCGCGACUAUUGAGAAAGGAAUUGAAGAUCUCUUUUAAUUUUGGUUGUUGUUAGUUUCUCAGGGGGAGUUGUUAGUUUCUAAGGGGGAGAUUAGUUUGGUUUGAGAGCUUUUUGUUUUCAGUCGGUCUUUUUUCUUUAUGUCUGGAUAUUUUUUUCUUAAUCUGCUGUGUCAGGAUUUGUGACGUUUGGUUCAGUUUCCUUCAGUCUUAUUUGAACUGUUUCCCUGUUAUCGUUAUCCCAGUGGUACUGUGUUUUAAGUUGCUAUGCUGGUACAUCUCAUCGGCAAUCUCAAUCUCCAACUUAGGGAGAGAUUGUUGGCAGGAGAAACGCUGAAUUUGAAGAUUGAUUGUCGCUGACCGUUGAGAAAUUGAAGGAUUCAGAAACGGAAGCUUGGCGAGCUCUUUCCUCCUUUUGAUUUCAAAGGUUCCUUUUGGUCCUAUAUAUAUUGUCCUCUUUCUCUUGUUUGAUUACUCAGAAUAAUAGAGGUAUAGGUCUAUUGGAAAGAUUUUGAGGGGCUUAGCAUAAGAGGAAGAGAUCUGAUUGCUGGAGUUUGUAAUCAGGUCUGGGAUUGGAUCUGGGAAUUUGCUUGUUUCUUGCGUGUAUUUGGUUCUCAUUUUUAUAGGUGAAAAAGAAAUAAAAAGAGUCUCUCGGAGGUUAGCAGGUGCUAUCUCUGAGACGAGGACUAACCCGUAGAUUGGGGAACCUCGUUAAAAUUCUCUGUGCAUUUUCAUAUCAGUUCUGUUCCUCCUCUCUGCUUCUGCUCUACUUCCAUUCUUGUUCUAUUUUUCAUUCGAUUAUUCUCGGAAGAAGAAGCCACUAAAGGUUAAGGAGAAUUCCUUUUUGGUUGGGCUUAGAAUUGCAAGCCCAACUAACCUAAGUCUUCUUCCUUCUCUUUUGUUCUUGAUUCGGGCUCGCUCACUUAAUAGUCCAGCUUACUGUCCUGUGAAAGAAAGAAGAAGCACAGACUCGUGAUCCUCCUUCUUCCACUUCAGUCUUCGUUUCCUCUUCCUUCUUUACAAAUCAGAAAGUCAAAAUCCCUAUAAUUGAUAGCUUUUCUGAUUUCAACUAGUAUAUAAAUUUAUUUACUGACGAAAAACUAUCAACAUCCGUCUAUUUGUAUAAUUAUCUAGGGGGUGUUCAAACGGAUUGGUUACCGUGGUAACCAUAUUAACCGGUAGCAUUCGGUUAAUUUGGUUUUGUUAAUUUGGAUAAUUGGUUUGGUUUGGUUAAAAUUUUUCGUUUAUUUGGUUUAGCUCGUUGGUUUGGUUUCAACACUGCUAACCAAUGAAACCAAUUAACCAAUUAAUGAUACACCUAAUUAACCAAUUUUUAGUUUAUUUGGUUUAGCUGGUUUGGUUUGGUUUAGCUGGUGGAGUGCGUCGGGUUGCAGAUUUGGACAACCAUAUGAUUCGAUGAGAACGGAACACCAUCGUCGUCACAGCGGAUGAUGGGAAGCGAGUUGGCUACAGAUUUGGACAACCUUCCGGCCAGCAGGUAGAAGCGAGUGAGAGCCUUGGCGAGUUACGAUUGGGUCGGAUUUGGUGGGUGAUUGAGGACGAUGAUUUGUUGAGGGGUGGGGGUUGAUUGUCCGGCCAUAGAGCAACGGGUAUUUUUGGGUGGAGAUUCAUUAAGGGAGUUAGCUGGGUUCGGGUCAAAUAUUGACCCAACCCAUCAGGUUUCGGGUCAUUUCGGGUUAUGAGCGUUCUCAGAAACAAUAUCAAAAUAUGCUUCAUAAAUUUAUAAAGAACACAAUUUUUUACAUAUGGGUGACAAUAGUUUGCCUAGCACAUGUUAAUUAACAAAUGCUCAACUCCUUCCAUGCUAAUGAAAAGAAAUAAAAAUUGCACACAUCGUGAAAAAACAAUGACAAAAAUAAUACUAAUAAAAUAAACAAAUGAUGUUUGAUUACCUUUACACUCCCAACUUGUCUUUCAAAUCCAUAUUAAAGUUUUUUUAACAUCUCACCAAAGUAUGAGAGAUUUUAUCAUUUUGAUAGUGACAUAUACAAUGAAACGGGUCUAGCGGGUCGACCCAAAAACCAACCCAACCCGACCCAAAAACUAUGGGUUAAUCGGUUUCAGUUUAAAAAAACCUCAACCCAUUUUCUAUUUUUCGGGCGCGUUCGGGUCGGGUUCUCAUUUGCCAGAUCUAGAUGAGGUGGACAAAUAAUUUUUUUUUUCAAUUUGCACGUCAUCUACUUAACAGUCAAACUUUAUAGUUGACUGUCACGUAAGACAAAUUUAACGAAGUUUAACGGCCGGUGACUAACGGUGAAACGAUUCGUAAAGUUAAUGAUGAAUAAGAAAGAAAAAUAAUUCGAAUGACAAACGUGAAACAUUCAUAUAAUUCGAAUGACCAAACAUAUAAUUUAGCCGAUAGAUAAGUGAGAUAGUGGUGCAUGUGAUCAGUUCCUUUCCUCUUACCGGAUAUAGCUUUUCCUUCUUUUCUUGGAUCCUUCUCACUUAAGGUAAACAGUACACCACCACGAUCCAAAUGACGAUUUAUGAAAUAUAAACCCAUAUGUAAUGUAGGAAGCUCCCUAAAUUAAGUAAUGUAUAGCUCUCUGCAGCCAGCCACUAGGCUAGCUUUAGCAAGAGAAUUAAUGAGAUUGCCAUUACCGAUUAAAAGCUGGAAGAAGAAGAAAAUGAAAUGAGAUAAAAGGGUUGUUGAAUUGGGCUGAAAAUGAAAUAACUCGAUCGCGAGCAACUAGGUGUUCGAAUUGGAAAAAAUUUGUUCGGCACUCGGAUUGUUAUUUAACAAGUCGGCUCGCGAGCCAAUCCGUUAGUAAACGAGCCAAGUUUGAGCUAGACCAUGCUCAGCUUGAUAAGCUCGCGAGCUAGUUUGAUUUGAUGGAUUGUUGAGCUAAGCUCGCGAGUUGGCUUGUUUAGAUUUUGCGGAAUGAUUAAUUACUUUUCUCAACAUGAACAUUAUCUUGUUAAUACGGAUGUGUAUGGAAGUUAGUUGUUAUUUAUAGUUUCUAGUGUUCUUUUUAUCAUUUAAAUUCUUAUGUGUACACAUUUUUCAGCAAGAAUGCUUUCAAAUCGUGCUUAUCUUGAGUCGAGUUUGUACUCCGCUUGACAAGUUGUGUUAAUGAGCAUUUGCCGAGCUCUACUAAGUCGAGCUCGAGCUGGAUUAUUUUUAAUCGAAAAGAGCUCGAGCUCAAGAUGGAUAAUCAAAAUUCGAGUUCGAGGUGAAAAAUUUAUAAACGAGCCGAGCUCGAACUAAGCAAAAACUCGACUCGGCUCGUUUGAAGCCCUAUUUAUGGAAGACCUCUAACUUUUCCCUUUAAUUUUUAUCGGGCAAUUUCUUUCUCGUUUUAAGUCGAUUUUUUUUUACAGAUUGAUGAGAUUAAUUGUGCUUUUCAAAAUGAAAUUCACUUUUAUAUAAUUUUGGAACAAAAAAUUGAGACAUUUAUUACCAGUCUAUACCAUAUGGUAUUGAUUGAUAUCAAAUAAGAGGGGAACGGAUCAGGUCAGUAACCUUAUGAUCAGUAACCAUGAGUAACCCGUCCACAUCAGCAUGACAUUAAUAUCCCACUAUCUCAUAAAAAGUCUUUUAUCUUUUUCCCUUUAAUCUUUAAUGGACGAUUUCUCUCUCGUUUUAAGUCGAAAUUUAAUUUUUUUUGCACAGAUCAAUCAGAUUAAAUAUGCUCUUUAAAAUGACAUCCACUUUGAUAUAUAUUUUAGUACAAAAAAAAUUGAAUAAUUUUUUACCAGUCAUUACCAUAUGGUAUACUCAUAUUUAAUACCAUAUGGUAAGAAAGCGUACCAUAAUGGUAUGCACGUACCAAUCUACACAUAAAUAUAAGGGAAUGUCAGAAAAAAUUCCUGACACGUCAGCUGCUGCUCCACAGCCCGCGCAGUGUGGAAGCCCUUUUCCAUAAUUUCCUACCUUUACGUAAUCCUAUUCUUCCUCCGUCUCUGUCUUCCAAUUUUCGCCAGGAAGAGGAAAUCGACCUUAUUUUCCCCCAUUGUCCGGUUUCAUAGACGGCGCCACUGUCCUCCUCCGUCUUUCUUUUCCAAUUUUUGCUAGGAGGUUGAGUGUAUUAGUUCCCACUGGCCGGUUGAAUUCGCUGCUCCCAAUUCUUCUUCUGUAUUUCUCUUCCAGUUUUCGCCAAGGUGGACGGUAUUUUGGCCUACUUUGUAGUUGAAUCGACGAUGCCAUUGGCCGCUACACUUUCUGAUUUCUUGGAAUCGCCUACCGUGGGUGUCGGAAGAACCAUUGGAACCGAAUGGAGGGAGCAUCAAAAUUCCCCUAUUGUUGACGAAGCCUCUUGCUCAACGUAGAUCCCUUGUCUGUGCCCACCUUUUCCCUAACUUUCCGGGAAUCAACGCUUCCCCUUGGCCAACGCAGCUUCUCCCGCCCACUUCUGACUCUCAAUCUUCCUCCUUAGUCGAGGAAGCCCCUUGCCCACAACUUUUGAUGUCCACUCCUGACUCUAAAUCAUUGGCGCCCCUGCUAACUGUAGCUCCACUGUUCCUGGCCGUCUUUUCCCCAAAUUUGUGGGGAAUCAACAGCGCCCCUUGCCCACAGUUUCUCACGUCCACACUUGACUCUGAAUCACUAGUACGCCACCUCCCAAACUAGGGGUUGAAAUACCCUUAGCAAUUGAGGAUCUCCAUUGAUUUGUUUCCAGCUACGUUAUUAAUUUGUUUUUGUUUAUGAUUUUUCUGGGUAAAACAAACUAAGCACAAGCACUUAUUCUGAUUGACGUGCUUUUGUGGUAAAACAAGGACAACUUUAAUGCCUCCUAAGCGUCCUCGCGAUGCCGCUUCUUCUAGCCAAAACCGUCCAUCAUUGUCCACCUCUGCUACUAUUAGAUGUGACUUUUCCUAUCUUAAUUUACUGUGUUCGUUCCGAAUUGCAUCUCAUAUUUUCGCUUGAAUUGUGAUUUAUUUGAUUUGUGUAUUUUGUUGUGCUUUGUUACGGAGAGGUAGGGCAAUAUUUUUCUCGCCUGAAGGACCAACACUAGCCGACGUCGACAAGGAGAGGACAAGUCUUAAGGUUAGUAGGUUCAAUUUUUUAUCGUUUGUAAUUUAUUUUAAUUACAUUAUAUAUGUUCUUAUUUGUGUUUUUUCUUAAUCAUAGUUAUUGACAAGCUGAAGUGUCGGCUCAUUCAUGUCGAUCGUCAUCUUUCAAAUUUAGCUUGGAGGAUAAGGAAGUUCCUUUUGGUAAUGGGACGUAUCCAUGGAGUACGUGUUUUCUCAGUCCCGGGUACGUAUCAAUCUACAUUUAGUUAUUCAGUAUCAUUUUUUCUAUUUUGCGCCCACAUUAUAUAUUGUUUAGUUUUGUACUCUAAAGUCUCCAACUAAUAGUGUUCAUCGAUACAGACCUAAGCAUUUCGCCUAUAUAAUUGGUUCCUUGGUUGUCAUUGUGUUGGGCGUUACUCCUGGGAGGAAGUUUGUUAGUACAUUUCGCCUAAAUGGGUCGUUUUAUGGAUGUUUUGGGUUUUAAUGAAAUUUGGGACUUUAGAUUGUACAUAAUUUGGUUUGUCUGUUUCCAAUGACAAUAGGUAUUUGAAAUGGGAAAUAGCAUGGAUAUGUCAGGUUCAUUACAUGAGCAGUUCCUAAUCCAUGUGUUUGUCCAACACACCUAUAGUUUCUGUUUUUCUUAGCAGUAAGUACUCUGUAUAACUUUUGGACAACAUCACUUUGCAAUUCCUGGGACUGUGAUGCUGGAACAUCUUGGAACUGAGUUGCUUUCCAGUGUUUUAUCAGGUUAUGCCUGACUUCGACUUCAUAGUUUUAUGAUUCCUUUUGUAAUGUAACCUUCAUACCUUUGUUAGUAGCUUAUUCUUCGUCAGUAUAAUGGUUUUUUAUAUGGGAACUACCUUUCUACACACUUCAUCUCUUCUUUCAGAGUUAUAUUCUUUUUAUGGCAGGUGAACUUGCAAGAUUAAUGGAAGCAGAAAUCCGGACUUUAUCUAUUCACCAAGACCCGGGAUGUCAGAAGGUGGCAAAACCACUAGCAAAGGGCAGCUAAGACAAGAAACAAUGUUGCAGUAUCGGUAAUGAGAAUUAUUGAAAUGCUGCCAGCCUGCAGUUAUGAUGAGGUUAGUUUGUCGUAGGAAUCAAUUCCUAAUCAUUUGACUCAAAGUUAGAUACAUAUGAUAUUCUAACCUCUGAAACUAACCAAUAUACAUGGCUUAAAGGUUUUACAGUAGCUUAGACAUUUAGAAUUCUCUCCAUAAUCACCUGUUUGUUAGCAUUAUUUGGAAUCUUCUGAUUCUCCACAUGAUAACGAUGCUUAUGUUGGCAGCCAUUUAGUAAUCUAUCUGAUUAUGAUAAUGAACUUUUGGUUGUUAACUAUGAUUUUUGUUUCCAACAUCUCUAAUAUGUUUGUGAAUGGUUUGGAUAUUAUCAAGUUUAGAGUUUUAGAUUGUACAAAGUUUUGUGGCAGUUAAGGACAGGAGCAACAUGCAUUUGUUAAUUUUCAGCUUUUAAUCACCAUUAAUCCUAUAUAGCUUUCUGUGGGAUAGGGGUAAAAUGUCAUUCUUUUGGCCUAGAAUUGUUGAUUUCAUAUAUUGUCAUUCCUUGUGGAACAUAGAUUAGUUGUGUGUGCAUCCUGUGAAUCUCCAUUUUCGCAGGUUAGUGUAUGGUAGAAGUUGCUUUGGUAAUGCUUAUUCUUGGAAUGCUUCAAACUUGCGGAAUUGAUGAGAUUUGUUUACUGUAGGACUCAUUUCCUAAUUGUUUGACAUCAAUUUAGAAACUUUGGAUUUUCUAACCUGCUGAGAUUAAGCAAGUUACAUGGUAUACAUGUUUUGCAGCAGUUUGGACAGAGGGAAUAGGUCAAGGCAAAACUAAAGGAAUAAGAUGUGA